AUGGCUGAGCCGUCUGCUACCAAGCUCGACCCCGCCGAGGAGGCGAAGGCUGGCCUCGAGCCGCAGCUCGCGAAGGACGAGACUGAGAAGGUGACCGCCGGCGCGACCGACGAGAAGGCCGCCGAGGGCUCUGGCGUCACCGGCAAGGUCGCCGACGCUGCGUCCGCCACCACCUCUGCCGUCUUUUCCAUGUUCGGCGGCGGCCCCAAGAAGGAGAAGAAGGAAGAGGAGGACGAUGUCAACGAGCCGUCCGGCUCUUCCAAGGCCAAGAAGGCUGAUGACGACGAGGAGCCCGAGAACCACGAGCCCGACGUUGAGUUCAAGCCCGUCGUCCACCUGACGGAGAAGGUCGAGACCAAGACCAACGAGGAGCUGGAGGAGCAGGUCUUCAAGAUGCGCGCCAAGCUCUUCAAGUUCGACCGCGAGUCGAGGGAGUGGAAGGAGCGCGGCACUGGAGACGUCCGCCUGCUGAAGCACAAGGAGAACGGCAAGACUCGCCUGGUCAUGAGGCGUGACAAGACCCUCAAGGUCUGCGCCAACCACUACGUCGUCCCCGACAUGAAGCUGUCGCCCAACGUCGGCAGCGACCGCAGCUGGGUCUGGAAUGCCGCCGCGGAUGUCAGCGAAGGCGAGCCCGAGGCUCAGACGCUCGCGAUCCGCUUCGCCAACAGCGAGAAUGCCAACCUCUUCAAGGAGGCCUUCAUCAAGGCGCAGCAGGAGAACGAGGCCCUCUUCGCCAAGGAGUAG